AUGAGGCAGAAGCGCAAAGGAGACCUCAGCCCUGCUCAGCUAAUGAUGCUGACCAUAGGAGAUGUUAUUAAACAACUAAUUGAAGCUCACGAACAGGGAAAAGACAUCGAUCUAAAUAAGGUGAAGACCAGGACAGCCGCCAAAUACGGGCUGUCGGCGCAGCCCCGCCUGGUGGACAUCAUCGCCGCGGUCCCGCCUCAGUAUCGGAAGGUCUUGGUCCCCAAGCUCAAGGCGAAACCCAUCAGGACUGCCAGUGGGAUUGCUGUUGUGGCUGUCAUGUGCAAACCCCACAGAUGUCCACACAUCAGUUUUACAGGAAAUAUAUGUGUGUACUGCCCUGGCGGACCUGAUUCAGAUUUCGAAUAUUCCACCCAGUCUUACACUGGAUAUGAGCCAACCUCCAUGCGAGCUAUCCGUGCCAGGUAUGACCCUUACCUGCAGACAAGACACCGGAUAGAACAGUUAAAACAACUUGGUCACAGUGUGGAUAAAGUGGAAUUUAUCGUGAUGGGUGGAACAUUUAUGGCCCUUCCAGAAGAAUACAGAGAUUAUUUUAUUCGAAAUUUACAUGAUGCCUUAUCAGGACAUACCUCCAACAAUAUUUAUGAGGCCGUCAAAUAUUCUGAGAGAAGCCUCACAAAGUGCAUCGGAAUUACUAUUGAGACCAGACCAGAUUACUGCAUGAAGCGGCAUCUCAGUGACAUGUUGACCUACGGCUGCACGAGGCUGGAGAUUGGGGUGCAGAGUGUCUAUGAGGAUGUGGCCAGAGAUACCAACCGGGGCCACACUGUGAAGGCAGUAUGCGAGUCCUUCCACCUGGCCAAAGAUUCUGGCUUCAAAGUGGUGGCUCAUAUGAUGCCUGAUCUGCCGAACGUGGGACUGGAGAGAGACAUUGAACAGUUUAUAGAGUUUUUCGAGAACCCAGCUUUCCGUCCUGACGGUUUGAAACUCUACCCCACCCUGGUGAUUCGUGGGACAGGGCUCUAUGAGCUGUGGAAGUCAGGAAGAUACAAGAGUUAUUCCCCCAGCGACCUGAUCGAGUUGGUGGCCCGGAUCCUGGCCCUCGUACCUCCGUGGACGCGAGUGUACCGCGUGCAGAGAGAUAUUCCAAUGCCCUUAGUCAGCUCAGGAGUGGAGCAUGGUAACUUGAGAGAGCUGGCAUUUGCAAGAAUGAAAGACCUUGGAAUACAGUGUCGUGAUGUGAGAACCAGAGAGGUUGGAAUCCAAGAAAUUCAUCACAAAGUCCGGCCAUACCAGGUUGAAUUGGUGAGAAGAGAUUAUGUUGCAAAUGGAGGCUGGGAAACCUUCUUAUCGUAUGAAGACCCAGAUCAGGACAUCUUGAUUGGCCUCCUGAGAUUGCGGAAGUGUUCAGAGGAGACUUUCCGUUUCGAAUUGGUUGGGGGUGUGUCCAUAGUCCGAGAGCUGCACGUGUAUGGAAGCGUGGUCCCUGUAAGCAGUCGGGAUCCCACUAAAUUUCAGCAUCAGGGCUUUGGCAUGCUGCUGAUGGAGGAAGCAGAACGAAUAGCCAGAGAAGAACAUGGAUCUGGGAAAAUAGCUGUUAUAUCAGGUGUCGGCACCAGGAAUUAUUACAGAAAGAUUGGCUACAGAUUGCAAGGUCCAUACAUGGUAAAGACGCUAGAAUAA